CGAAGUACCAUUGACUAAUCAGGAUAGAUUUAAGUAUAAGCAUACCUGUUUGGAUCCGAAAGAUAGUGAACUAUGCCUGAAUAGGAUAAAGUCAGAGGAAACUCUGGUGGAAGCUCGUAGCAAUUCUGACGUGCAAAUCGAUUGUCGAAUUUGGGUCUGGGAUUUCCUUGAUACUGGAGGUGAAAAAUUGCCUUCGGAAGCUUGGACGCCUGGUCUGGAAGAUUUUGGCUUGGGUGAGAAAUCACCCGUCCGAUACACGCUUAACAACCAGCUUAGAACUGACACGAAUAAGGGGAAUCUGACUGUCUAA